AGCACUAUGGCCAUGGCAAGCGAAAAUAAAAAUACAGAUUUAAAACAAAUUCAGCGUCCCACACAACGCGGCCUCAAGAAAUGUGCAACUUGUGGUGCCAUAAAUGGCAGUCGUGCGCUCCUCUGCCGCAAUCCAAACUGUCCACAGCAUAAGAAUGUGCUCGACGGGGUGCAACUUGUGUGCCGGCGUGCAGGAUGCACAGUUUAUUCGCUCCGAUCCAAAGAACAGGGUCGAGAAACGCAAGCGCGCAAUUUUGUGUGCAUCGAGGAUGUGACGUUGUCGCUGCAACCGAAUGCAGCGGUUGUCUCCAGCAAGGCCAUUUGCUAUGUGGUUGCAUGCAAGAGCGAUAAUGACUGCCGGCAUAUCAAGGCGUGUCGCGAGGGACACGAUCAGAUGCCCAAGGCAUUGGUUUACACGGUUUCCCGCGAGGUGCUCUGGAAUCUGAACAUCAGUCUCGAGCAGAAACAAAAGCUCUGGCAGCAAUACAAAUCCGCCGAGGAGGAACAGCUGCCCGCAGUGCAGCGUCUAAAUCCGUCCACUUUUGUUGUGAAAUGCCAACGCUCGGAUACAUUUUCGGCGGGACACCUUCAUGUGACGGCACUGGCCAAUGGAGUAUCCACAAGGAAGGCAAACUAUGCGUGUGCCUGUCGCAAGCUGAAAAUCAUUGUGGAGCCGGACAAUUCGCUGGUAAUGCAGGAUGAAAUCUGUGAUCAUUUGUUGCUCGUCCUCGCUGGCAUUCUAAGUUCGCCGCAGGGCAAAACAAUUUAUGGCAAUUUCACGAAGAGUCUGCACUCAUUUUGGAUGCCCGACAGGCUGGAGACACCGCUGGGCGAGGCAACCCAUGAUGAUUUACGUCUGAGCCUGAAUAUUAACAUUUGCGGCGAUGCUGAUCCGCCCGAGGACAUUUACAUCUUUGGCGAUGAGUUCUGUGUGACAGAUUCGGAUCUGCUGCCGCUACCUGAGGAGCUCUCAGAUCUGAUAUACGAUGUGGAUAUAGACACGACGCCAGCAGCAUUGAACAGCGGGAGCAGCAGUGCCGUGGUGCGCUGUGCCAACGAUGCACAGCUCUUGUCCAACUGUGAUAUAUAUGCGGAGGAGGAGCAGGAGCAGCACGAUCAUCAUUUGGAGCUAACCGAUUGCAAUAUUGAGCUCAUGGAUCAAUAUCAGCUGACGGAUCAAAUCGAUUUGUGUAGUGAGGACAUUGAAUUGCCACUGGUUGGUGAACCCUACAAUAUACUCGCGCCGCCAGCAGCAGUCACAAAUCAAUUGCCCGCCAUUGAGUUGACAACGUUUGCGGUGGUCAAGAAACCAGCACUCAAAGCAUCUGAAAUAGUGGAUGAGGUGAAGACACGCAAGCAGCCACCGCUGCCGGCAAAGCGAGCCCUGAUUGUAAACGAACCCACAGCAGCCGUGGUUGAAGCUGUGAGCGUGGCAGUAGAGCCAGCGUUGGCCUAUGCCGCCUGGCUGGAGUAUGUGAUAGAGCUGCUCAACGAAUCCAUUGAGCCAGCGACGGAGUCUGAGCAGGCUGUCAGCAUGCGGCAGGUGUUGCAACAGUUUCAUGUGCACAAGGAAACAUUCUCGCAUUUUAGCAAGAGUUUCAGUGCUGGCAUCAAGCGUCGUCCACUGCAUCAAGUCUCAGUCCUCGAAGCUGGAAAGCACAAAGGUCUCACCAAGUAUGUCUGGCACUUUAGUGCCUCGCACACCGUCAAACGUAUCUUCAGCAGUCGCAAUCUCAGCUUGCAGCUGGAACGCUGCUUUGAACGGAACUUGGAUGGUCAAUUUGUGCCUUAUGUGCGUCAGGCAAAAGUGCCAACUUCGACGCAGACCAAACAGCGUCAGGUUCACACUCGACUGAGGCUUUAUAUGAUCAACAUGCUAUUCGAUGCCGAGCAUAAGGUAAAGAGUGGCAUGCUUAUCUCCUGGAUUCCCGAUGUGUUGCCAAGGAGCAACUUUGGUCUUAUGGAUGUGGAAUUUACCCUGCAAACGCGAGCACCGAUUUAAUUGUAAGUAAUAGAAUAUAAUAAUAAUAGUACUAAAACUAAUACUGAAUUGCCGAUGAGGCAUCAUUCAAAAGUUUACAAUCCAAAUGGAAAAUAUUUUAAUUGAGAUAAGUUUUGCUUAACUUUGC